GAUUUGAAAGGGUGACCGAUCCGAAAAUUGUCGUAAAAGUCAAGGAGGUGUCAAGGUCGAAUGCGCCUGCCUUGAUCCGCGGUUACUUACUGAUCGUGUCCGCAAGAUCGACCCCAGCUGUGGAAGACUCGCAAAAAAUCUGUCAGGUGUCAGGCUGCUGUUAAGAACGCUUCAGCGCUUCUACCACUGCGGAAAAUGGCAACCAUUCCUACAAACACGAAUGAUGUAUUCACAGACGCGAAGCCCGGCGACAAACGGCCACCGCCAAAGUAUCCCAGUCAGCACAUGCCGCUGUCCCGCAAAGACAGUGUGAUGGUCACCCCUGGGGCUGAGGGACUGACAGUUCCUCAGGGGGCCCACACAGGGAAAUGCAUCGGGGUCUUCACCAGUGGUGGGGAUUCCCAAGGUAUGAAUGCUGCAGUUCGUGCCUGCGUCAGGAUGGGCUUUUACCUGGGCUGUAAAGUCUACAUGAUUAAGGAGGGAUACCAAGGCAUGGUGGAUGGUGGAGACAACAUCGUGGAGGCUUCCUGGCCCUCUGUUUCAGGGAUAAUGCAGCUGGGAGGAACUGUGAUCGGGAGCGCUCGGUGCGCCGAGUUUCGGGAGCGCUCUGGGCGACUGCGUGCUGCCAAAAACCUCCUGGAAAACAACAUCACAAACCUGGUUGUGAUUGGUGGAGAUGGAAGUCUGACCGGAGCAAACCUGUUCCGACAGGAGUGGGACGGUCUUCUUCAAGAACUGGUCGAAACUGGUCAGGUGACUCCAGAGAAGAGGGAUCAGUGCCGCAGUCUGAACAUUGCUGGAAUGGUUGGUUCCAUCGACAAUGAUUUUUGCGGGACAGACAUGACCAUUGGGACAGAUAGCGCUCUUCAUCGCAUUGUGGAGGCAGUGGACGCCAUUACAACGACAGCUGCCAGUCACCAGAGGGCGUUUGUCUUAGAAGUCAUGGGAAGGCACUGCGGGUAUUUGGCAUUAGUGGCUGCCCUGGCCAGCGAGGCUGAUUGGGUAUUUAUCCCGGAGUGGCCCCCAGAGCCCAACUGGGAAGACACACUUUGUAACAAACUAGUCCUCGAGAGAAAACUGGGUCUCCGCCUGAACAUCAUCAUUGUGGCUGAAGGUGCCAUUGACCGAGAGGGUAAAGCAAUCACAGGAGAAAUGGUGAAAAACCUGAUCACAACACGGCUGAAGUUUGACACUCGGGUGACCGUCCUGGGUCAUGUUCAGCGUGGUGGACGUCCGUCAGCCUUUGACAGAAUCCUGGGUUGUCGUAUGGGGGCAGAGGCUGCUGUAGCCCUCAUGGAUGCCACACCUGACACGCCAGCUUGUGUUGUCUCCCUUGAUGGUAACCAGACUGUCCGUGUUCCCUUGAUGGAAUGCGUGGAGAGGACAAAAGCUGUCCAAAAGGCUAUGGAUGCCAAGAAUUUCCAAGAAGCUGUACGGCUGAGGGGAAGGAGUUUCCAGAACAAUCUGUUCACAUACAGAAAGCUGAGUAAGCUUCAGCCUCCCCCAAAUAUGUGUGAUGAAAAGGGGGAGUUGUGCAAGAAGCUCAGUGGAACAGCCUACGAACAAUGGGUGCUGUCGUUCUACGGUCAUAAAACCAAGAAUCUCGCUCUGAUGAACAUCGGGGCUCCAGCCUGCGGGAUGAAUGCCACGAUGCGCUCCUUUGUCCGUCUAGCUUUGACCAGGGGUUACCGAGUUCUAGGAAUACAAGACAGUCUGGACGGCUUGUUACGUGACAAUGUGAAACCUAUAUCCUGGACAGAGGUUACUGGUUGGUCAAGUGCUGGAGGUUCUUUACUGGGAACAAAGAAGCAGACAGCUGGUAAAGUGGGCUAUGAGAAGAUUGCAGCUGCCAUGGAGAAGCACCAGAUCAAUGCCCUGUGUGUUAUUGGAGGAUUUGAGGCUUAUUACAGUGUGCUUCAGAUGACACAGGAGAGGAAGAAUUACAAAGCCUUCUGCAUCCCAAUGGUGGUAAUCCCAUGCACCAUCUCCAACAACGUCCCCGGCACCGACUUCAGCCUUGGUGCUGACACUGCCCUCAAUGAAAUCACAGAUAUAUGUGAUCGUAUCAAACAGUCUGCGACGGGUACAAAGCGACGAGUGUUCAUUGUGGAGACAAUGGGAGGGUACUGUGGUUACCUAGCAACCAUGAGCGGUCUGGCAGGAGGUGCUGAUCAGGCUUAUAUAUAUGAGGAGAGUUUUAACAUGGAAGAUCUUCAGGGAGAUGUUCGUCAUUUGAAGACAAAGAUCUAUGAGAAGGGUGUCCAGAGAGGUCUUAUAUUACGAAAUGAGAAUGCUAAUUCCAACUACACCACCAACUUCAUCUACCAGUUGUUCAGCGAGGAGGGUAAGGGAACCUUCACAUGCCGCAUGAAUGUGCUCGGUCACAUGCAACAAGGGGGACAACCCACUCCGUUUGACAGGAACUAUGGAACAAAGAUGGCCGCAAAGGCUGUGGAACAUUUGAUUGGCCAAGUGGAAGAGUACUCUAGAGACGAUGGUACAGUCUACUCGGAUGAUCCCAAGAGUGCCACCCUUCUGGGAAUGCAGAAGAGACACCUGGAGUUCACACCUGUUGAAAAUCUGGCCGAGCGUACAAAUUUUGAGCAACGUCUUCCGAAGCACCAGUGGUGGUUAAAGCUGCGUCCCUUACUGAGAAUCUUGGCCAAACACGAAAGCAAGUACGUCUCGGAUGCCAUGGCAGCGGGCGUGGAUGAAGUAGAAGAGGAGGAUAAUAUUUAAUCAGAUUUUAACCUAGGUGAAUGUCAAGUGGAAGUUGGAACCGUUUAUCCAGUUCUAGUUUGUGAGCUUUGACUGGGUGUGAUAUGUUCAUGUAUUUGUCUGUUAAUCACAGAUAUGCUCAUAUUAGGAUAAAAUGUUAGCUGUGCGACUAAAAAAUGCUUGUUAGGACAGGAUAUUUUGUUAAGCAGCUGGGUAUGCGUUAAGACUGCUGUGAAGAUAAAUAGAUAUUAAUGUAUAAUGUAUGUACGUGUGGUCUAAGCUGAAGGUGAUUUGAGUGCGUAAUCGGGUCAAACACUUCAUACUGAUAAAUACACGAAGUUUGUCUUUGUACCGUGAUCAGUUUGAUGCCAGGUGUUCAGAUCCAUUAAUGACGGAGAAAGUCAAAUUUCAUUAGUUAAUAUCCUUGUUCAGGCAGCCUUGAGCAAAUUACCUUAGUAGAAAUUUUCAUUGUUUCACAGAUUGGUAGAUUUUGUUUAAUUAGUUAUGGGAAGAGGCGAGUGGUUUUGUAACAGAGUGUGUUAGUGGGCAGCCAUCAGCAGUUUGAUCUGAUAUGACUGUACAAAGCUCAUUGUUACGUCAUAGCGGAGCGGACCGAGUGUCUGCCGACUAUAGACUGUUGACACAUGGAAAUACUGUGAGCUGAUACCAGUUUUAAAAGAUUGAGCUUUGAUACAUGUCAUAGCAUUUUGUGUGUAUUAACUUAGAUAGUUCACAAGGCCUUUCUUACUUUGUCUCCACCCAAACUGGUGGUGUUAGUUUUUAUUGCACAAAAGUUCACUGUAUUUGAAUGGCUUGCAAGCGCAUCUGUCCAAGUUUUAUCUGCAGUGUGAUUGGCUAAACUAAUACAUACAUAUACCUACAUGUAUAUGAAGAUCUAUAUGUAGCUGUAUAUACAUCAGAUGUUUGCAUGAACAUGUAUUUAUACAGGCACGUAAAUCAUGUACAUCUACAUUUACAUCUAUGUUUCUGUUUAUCCUUGUCCUUGGUGAAGAAGGAAGAUGAUACAUGUAGUUGUGACGAUAUUUAUCUUUUUGCUAACGGCACAUAUUUGUGCUGAUGGACUGAAAUCCUCAUGUGGAUGGUGUGUAAGUUUUAACGAGUCUAAUUUAUUUAUUGUUACGAAGUAUUAUUUUUUUGUAUCAAAUAUUUGGUUGUAACUGAUGCAGUUUGUGUACCUAACUGUUAAUCCCCCCACCCACCCCGUAUUAAGAUGUGUGUGUCCGUAUGAUUGUAUGUGGGUUUUAACUCCAGGUUUAAGUUCUAAGCUCAAAACUAAUCAGAUUCUCCAGGUACAUGUAGACUAUAUUAAUAAGAGUUGUUAAAAUGCGUGAGAGCGUAGUAAGCUGUCGUGAAACACUGUACAUGUAAAUCCUGAUUAACUGAAUCUAAAUGCGAUGAGAAGUCCAAGCGAAACUCUCCGCUAAAGAUGACACAAACCAUAUGCCAGGUGUAGUACCAUUCUGUGGUGUAUUUUGGGGUAGAACAAGAAAAUUGUUUCUUAAACAUAUACAUGUGCUAGUUGUAUUAGAAAGUAAUAAUUUUGUUGAUGUAGCAAAAAAUACAUUAUCAAAAGAUUAGAAAAGUUGAUAAAAAAAACUGUGAUCUGGAUAGUUACGGUGAUAAAACUUUGUUUUAGUGAUGUUAUUAAAGAAAACCUUGCCUCCAGUUCAUGCACAGGUAGUUGCUGCUGUUGUACCAGGCCAGGUGUAAGCACUAGUAGACAAGCAUCAAACCUCAGGAGAGGUCUUGUCGCUGUUUUGUAUUUCCAGUCUCCAUUUUAGUCUCAGUUUUACGCCCAUUUGUUAGAUAUUUUCCAUUUUGCAGAUAGAUGUUUAAAAAGCUACAAACAGGAAAAGUAUGUGAAUACUGUAGUCAUUGUGAAAAAAAAAAAACAAAAAAAAAACACAUACACAGUUGGAAUUUUACAUUCGGUCUUCAUUUAAUUUCUUUUUUAAAGGAAGUGUAGAGUAUUUUUGGGGUUAAACAUCAGCAGUGUUUUUUGGCGUGUGGAUUCAGGUGAGCAUAUAUAAAAUGCUUGUAAAGCUGUAGAUGUUGAUACAAGCAAACAGAGCAGUAUGGAACAUGUGUUCACCUCACAGAAUGCAAUGAACAAUGUUCCCAUUACUUUACCCAUAGAGGAACACUUUAAUUCUGUAUUUAACCUUAAAUUUGGUCUGAGGCUGUGUUUGCCAAUGUGUGAUUCUAAGGCCUUUUUGUUUAACCUACAUGUGGUAGGAUGAUAUCCUACUGGGAAAAUGUGAAUUUCAGUGCCAAAAGUAAUAGUUUAUGUCCUUUAUGUAUCUCUGAAAUGUGAACUGUUUUGGAUGGAAUGUUAAGUCAAUUAUAGUAGGCCCAGUUAGAUUUCCACCAAGAUAGUCAGCACUGCUGUUCAGACAACAAAAUCAAAUACUGAAAAAACUACUGACACGGACAUAAUGUCUGAAAGUAAUAAUUUUAAUCCAGUCUAACAAUUGGAAAUGAGAAUCUGCCAGGCGACAUCCACAUAUCACAUCACUCACUAUAACAACGUUACCAACUAAUUCAUUUCAUUUCAGUUUGUAAUUAUUCGGUGGAUGAGCUUGUUCACUUGUGCAUUAUGCACAGUGAAUAGGUCCUCAAGCAAUACCAUCUAGCUGCACACAUAACCCUGACUGGUUAUGGUGAAAGUUUGGAUUAGGAUUUCACGCCCAAACACACCAUUGACCUACACUAAUAGCUUGCCAGCUGCUCAUUCGGUGAUGUCUAGUCUUUUUGUUUAUCAGGUCGUAGAAAUGUGUCAUUUUCAGAAAAACCAUAGAGUCUCACUUAAGAAAAAUGCUGUCUUAUCCUUCAUCCUGUCUCUCUCAUUAGACUUUUUUCCCUAAAAUGAGUGUCAGUCUACCCUGCUCACAUCACUGAUUUUGUUGGAGGGGUGGGGCAGUUCUUGAAGUCUCUGUUACUGUACAUGUAGGUGUCUUUUACCAUGUCAAGCAUUCUCAUUAAUUUUUUUUUUUAGUCCAUACCCUUGUAGAAAAACAUAGUACAAAAGCAGUUCUCACUAAAAUAUUGAUUUCAAAGGCGGUUGAAAAGGUUGAAGAAUUACGGUAGUAGUGUUUGCUCAGUGUAAUGAACAUUUUUUUUUAGUCCAUAUCCUUGUACAAAAACAUAUCCCUAAGUCUUGCCCGGUUGCUACAAACUGAUCAACUUCACACAGUCCUAUACCCACAGCAUUGGUUGCUACAAACUGAUCUACUUCACACAGUCCUAUAUCCACAUCGAUGGUUGCUACAAACUGAUCUACUUCACACAGUCCUAUACCCACAUCGAUGGUUGCUACAAACUGAUCUACUUCACACAGUCCUAUACCCACAGACAUGGUUGCUACAAACUGAUCUACUUCACACAGUCCUAUACCCACAUCGAUGGUUGCUACAAACUGAUCUACUUCACACAGUCCUAUAUCCACAGCGAUGGUUGCUUCAAACUGAUCUACUUCACACAGUCCUAUAUCCACAGCAUUGGUUGCUACAAACUGAUAUGCUUCACACAGUCCUAUACCCACAGCGAUGGUUGCUACAAACUGAUCAACUUCACACAGUCCUAUACCCACAGAGAUGGUUGCUACAAACUGAUCUACUUCACACAGCCAUAUACCCACAUCGAUGGUUGCUACAAACUGAUCUACUUCACACAGUCCUAUACUCACAGUGAUGGUUGCUACAAACUGAUUUACUUCACACAGUCCUAUACCCACAGCUUUGGUUGCUACAAACUGAUCUACUUCACACAGUCCUAUACCCACAACAUUGGUUGCUACAAACUGAUCUACUUCACACAGUCCUAUACCCAUAGCGAUGAUUGCUACAAACUGAUCUACUUCAUACAGUCCUAUACCCACAGACAUGGCUGCUACAAACUGAUCUACUUCACAGUUCUAUACCCACAGCAAUGGUUGCUACAAACUGAUCAACUUCACACAGUCCUAUACCCACAGCGAUGGUUGCUACAAACUGAUCAACUUCACACAGUCCUAUACCCACAGAGAUGGUUGCUACAAACUGAUCUACUUCACACAGCCCUAUACCCACAUCGAUGGUUGCUACAAACUGAUCUACUUCACACAGUCCUAUACUCACAGUGAUGGUUGCUACAAACUGAUCUACUUCACACAGUCCUAUACCCACAGCAUUGGUUGCUACAAACUGAUCUACUUCACACAGUCCUAUACCCACAUCGAUGGUUGCUACAAACUGAUCUACUUCACACAGUCCCAUACCCACAGCAUUGGUUGCUACAAACUGAUCUACUACACACAGUCCUAUACCCAGAGAUGAUUGCUACAAACUGAUCUACUUCACACAGUCCUAUACCCACAGACAUGGUUGCUACAAACUGGUCUACUUCACACAGUCCUAUACCCACAGAGAUGGUUGCUACAAACUGAUCUACUUCACACACUCCUAUACCCACAGCGAUGGUUGCUACAAACUGAUCAACUUCACACAGUCCUAUACCCACAGCGAUGGUUGCUACAAACUGAUCUACUUCACACAGUCCUAUACCCACAGCAUUGGUUGCUACAAACUGACCUACUACACACAGUCCAAUACCCACAUCGAUGGUUGCUACAAACUGAUCUGCCGUUUUUUACAAUUUUUUUAUCUUUACCGUAAUUUACAGUAAGCAGUGGUGGAAACAUCGGCUAGUAUGAGAGUUUGAUUGUGGAUACAUACUGUACCUCACAUGUGCUUAUGGCAUUAUGCCGUCAAUCUUCACCAUUUUCAACCACUGAAACACUUUUUUUCAGUGUUUUAUGCGUAGAAUUUUGAAAUUAAUGCUAAAAUGAUUUAUUUUUGUCUCAAAGGAUGGAAGCUUCAUAGAACUGUGCAAAUUAUUUCUCUACACCCCAUAAUUCUCACUAAAAUAUUGGUCUGUCAGAAACCUGCGGAUGGUCGUUGAUUUCCACCGGUUUCCUCCCACCAUAAUGCUGGCCACCGUCAUAUAAGUGAAAUAUUCUUGAGUACGGCGUAAAACACCAAUCAAAUAAAUAAAUAAAUCACUUAAAUAUUGGUACCACAGGGGGCUGAAGAAUCAGGGUAGUAGGUUAUUCUCAGUGUACUGAACAUACAACAAGGGAAAUGAUUGUACAGGUAAAAAAACUGUUUGCUCCUUUUAUGUCUUUGUGCUCUGCUUGUUCAGUGCUAAGUUUCAAAGAUUUAUAAAUUUUUUUAGUAUUCCCAUGAAGUUAUAGCAGAGCUAGCUUAUGUCAUUUGAUCAGCUUUAUAUAGUUACACUGUAGGUAACUGUUUACAAGGGAGAAAUAACUGUCAACAAUAAAGUAGAAACCUUUCUUCAUUCAUUGUGCUAAUUAGUAAUUAGUUAUCACCUAUUGUAAGUCACCGUAAUGCUGUGUGUGAAAUAACACUUCUUGGAUCAGUCAAGUUAAAUAUAGCUUUUAAUUGUGUCAAAGUUUGCAGUUAACUUCAAUUAUGACAAAUGUAUAUGCUUCCAAAUUAUUUAUGUCUUCAGAUUUCAAAAUUUAGUUUUAAUUUGUGAGGUAAUGGAUGUUCUGUCACGUUUUAUUUAAUCGCAUUUUAAUCGAUACUGACUUAUGGUCUGUGAAGAUAGUCACUGGCUUAUAUUCUGAUGGCCUUACUACAAGGCUAGACAACUAUAACUUUCAGAUUCAUUUGAUUGUCUCUUAUUUCACUGUUUCUCAUAACCUUGAAAAAUAUAUAUGCCGCUGUCUUUUUUGUUGGUAGCUUAGCAUAUUCGAAGAAUUUGUUCUGAUUUUUGUUUUUAAUAAGAACUGCUGAUUUUUAGAUAAUUUAAUACUCAACCAGUAAUAUACUAAAUAUGUCCCACCUGAAUAAAGAAGAGAUUUGUUACACCAGUAGUGAUUUCUGUUUGACUAAGCAGUGUUUGGUGCAGCAGUUUUUGCCAUAGAAGUUUUACAAAGCAUUGAAGAAAAUGUAUAAUACCUAGUGCAAGGAUUUCAGUUUCAGUCAUGAAACAAAUAAUACAGUAAUGACAUCUGGUAUUUAAUGUUAGAUAUCAAAAGUGUCCUCUUGCCAUUUUCUCACAGGAUGUGUGAUUGUAAUGUGUGCCAGAAGUGAGACAUAUUGCUCAUAAGAUUAGUGUCAUCAGUCGGUUAGAUAUCACCCACCAGGUUAAUGUCAGAUAUCACCAACCAAGUUGAUGGUAGAUAUCACCAACCCUAUCAAUGCCAGAUAUCACCAACCAGGUUAAUGUCAAAUAUCACCAACCCUGAUAAUGUCAGAUAACAUUAACCAGGUUGAAGUCAGAUAUCACCUAACAGGUUAAUCACCAGCCAGGUUAGUGUCAGAUAACACCAACCAGAUUGAUGUUAGAUAUUACCAACCCAACGAAUGCCAGAUAUCACAAGCAAGGUUAAUUUCAGAUAUCACUAACCAGGUAACAUGUCAGAGUUAAGAUAUCACUAACCAGUCAGAGUUCUGAUACAUGUAUCAUCAGCCAGGUUAUUGUCAGACAUGACAGUGUGUAGUGUGAAAUACCAUAAUUUUCCAGUUCUUUUACCGAAAUGAUAAUGUCAUUGUUACUGCAAGACAAGCACCUAAGACUCACCUAUGUACAAGAUAUGUACCCCCGGUUAAGCUAUAUGACUCACUGUUUACCUGUUCAAGUGACCUAUUUUGGCUGACUGUAAUGCUGAUUAAACAAGUGACUACUUUAUAUUCUCCAAAGUGUGUACAGUAUGCAUUUUCAUUCACAAGCUUACUAGUUCUAUCUUUUUACACUGAGUCGAGUUAUAAAACUUUGUCUACCCAUGCUAUUAUUCCGGGAAUAGUUGACCCUGUUUGUUGUUACUCUGUUGUUGUUUUUACUAAAUGCUUAAUAGUAAAUAAUAAUAAAAAUAUACAUGUUAAUAAA